GGGGACUAUGCGCUCUGCCUGUCUUCCUUACAACUCAUCUUGAGACAAUUGCAAAAUGGCAACGAAGCAGCAACAUGGGUUGGCCGCGGGAUGGAAAUGGCGCCUGGCAAACGCGAACGGCAUAUCGAAAGCAGACGAUAUUCCAGACCUCAAGACCUGGACUCCAGUUACUGCUUUCCCAUCGGUUGUCCAGAUGGAACUCCUGGCAAAGAAGAUCAUCCCGGACCCAAAUGUGGGCGAAAAUGAGCGUCAGAUUCAGUGGGUAGGGGGGAUGGACUGGGAGUAUUCGUGCUCUUUCCCAACACCGAAGGGUCUAGACAACUCCAGCAUUGCUGAUCUGGUGUUUGAAGGACUGGAUACAUUUGCAAAUGUCUUUCUGAACGGCAAGGAGAUCCUCAAAUCCGACAACAUGUUUAUCCCACAUCGAGUGAAUGUGACAAGUCAACUCCAGCCCGAGGGACAAGAGAAUGAGCUUUCGAUACUUUUUGAGAGUGCUUUGAAGAAAGGAAGUGAAUUGGAGACCAAGUUCGGCGCCAGAAAGCAAGUAAUUCGAGACAAAAGAAGGAGCCACAUUCGGAAAGCACAGUACCAAUGGGGCUGGGAUUGGGGACCCGUAUUAGUGACGGCGGGACCUUACAUGCCGAUCUAUCUGGAAACGUACUCUGCGAGACUCGAGGAUGUCUACAUCACUACAGAACUAGCAGAGGAUCAUUCGACCGCCACGCUCACGAUUGCAGUGCAAGCAGCUGGACCACCUGCCAAGGUAGCCAAAGUCAGCAUUCUCGAUCAAGCACUUUCACAAGUUUCCGAUGAGCUCGAAAUCGCCUUGGACGAUUCGAAAAAGGGUUCUGCCACGGUCACGAUAACAGACCCCAAGCUCUGGUGGCCCAAUGGUCAAGGCGCACAGCACUUAUACAAUGUUUCGGUGUCUCUUAUGGAUGGAUCAUCGAGCCAGCUUGAUACAAAGACCAUCCGGUAUGGCAUCCGGACUAUCAAAGUGAUUCAACGCCCUCUCGAUAAUGCGCCGGGCAAGACAUUCCUCUUCAACGUCAAUGGCCGCGACAUCUUCUCCCAGGGGGGCAAUUGGAUCCCCGGGGACAAUCUAUUGCCUACUAUGACCCGUGAAAGAUACUUUGACUGGGUUCGACUCUCCCAAUACCACCAUCUGAAUAUGAUUCGCGUUUGGGGAGGCGGCAUUUACGAGACAGAAGACUUCUUCGAUGCCUGCGACGAGAUGGGCAUGCUGGUCUGGCACGAUUAUGCAUUUGCUUGUGGCGACUACCCCGUCCACAAGGAAUUUCUGGACAGCGUCAAAGCUGAGGCCGAAGCACAGACUAUUCGAAUGCGCAACCGCGCCUCACUAGCCCUCUUGUGUGGCGACAACGAGGAUUUUGGGAUUCAGGACUUUUUUGGGGAGCCAUACGAUUUUAAGGACCACGAAGGACCCUUUGAAAAUAGCACUUUCCCUGCACGGAAGAUUUUCCUCGAUGUCCUCCCCAAGCUCUGUGAGAGACUCUGUCCUGCGAUUCAGUACUGGCCGUCAUCACCUUGGGGGGAGGAGGGCACAAACGCCAGUGACACCACAUUCGGCGACCUCCACCAGUGGGCGGUGUGGCACGGACCACAGCACGCUUACCAAAAAUAUGGAGAACUUUCCGGUCGGUUCGUCUCCGAGUUUGGCAUGCACGGUUUCCCGAUCAUGCGUACUGUCGACGUCUUUGCGCCUGAUCUGAAGGACCGUCACCCCCAGUCUCGCACCAUCGACUGUCACAACAAAGGUCACGGCGCGGAGACACGUAUCGCUCGAUACUUGUCAGAAAACUUCCGAUAUGACAUGAAGCUCGACAAUUUCGCGUACUGUUCGCAACUCUUGCAGAGUGAGGCUUAUGGCUAUGCGUUGCGCGACUGGAAACGCAAAUUUGGCGGCAAAGGUAAAGAGGAGUGCGCAGGUGCCAUCAUCUGGCAAUUGAAUGAUGUCUACCCAGUAACAAGCUGGGCGUACAUCGACUAUUAUCUCCGUCCGAAACCUGCCUUCUAUACGAUUCGACGGAACUUUGCCCCGAUCAGCGUUGGCAUUGAACGCACACCUCGCUCUCGCUGGAUAGACGAAGACAAGCCGAAGGAUUCAUAUAUCCCCAACUUCGCCCUCUUCGCACAUAAUACAACACCAGCCGAGGUUAAGUGUACCCUGCAGCUAAGAGCAUACGAUCUUUAUGGUGGAAAGGAGGUUGAAUUGGACUGGACGGGCGUGAGCUCGGAGGUGACCCUGUCAGCCGGUCACAAUACCGAGCUUGGGAGCCUGAAGCCGCAUGCGUCGUGGACUGAGGAAACUCUGGUCAUUCUUGACGCCAGCCUCCUCGACCCAUCAACGAAAAAGGUGGUGGCAAGAUUCACUGACUGGCCUGAGCCGUACCGAUACCUGCAGUGGCCCGUCGACACCAAAGUGACAGUUUCCGUCCAGAACAUGAAGAAUGAUCACACCAAUACCUACAUCAGUGACACGCACUUUGAGGACGUAGUGACAGUUACUGCUAACCAGCCAAUCAAGGGCUGUUGGCUUGAGCCUGUGUAUGACGGAAAUGAAAAACAGGACGAGCCCGAACCACUCUGGGAAGACAACAUGUUCGAUCUAUUGCCAGGACAGGAGAUCGAGGUGGCAGUAAAGGGUCUCCGAGGAAGGAAGGUCAAUGUGCGAUUCCUGGCGGAUUGGGAGGUUGGGCCUGCAAAGGCACAUCUUUGAAGGCGACG